AUGGAAGAACCGGUCAUCAUCAACAGAGUGAAGGAACCGGUCGUCACCGACAGAAUGGAAGAACAGGUCGUCACCGACAGAAUGGAUGAACCGAUCGUUACCGAUAGAACGGAAGAACUAGAAGGACUAGACCUACACCGUAUAAAUGAUGGGACUAUCGUUUUAGAAACGCGAGAGACUCUUGGUAAAGAUUUAACUAUUAGUAAUAGGCAACAUACUGUAAAUGUGCUAGCUGAACCUUACACUGUCGAAAUAGAUGACAUUGAAAUUUGCAAAUAUGACCAAAUUAUACACGAUAGGAGAGAAAAAAACCCAGAAAUGCUUAUACUUCCAGUGGAAACUGACGUGUUGGUUAAUUCACGCGGUAAUGAAGAAAUGAAGGCAAAAAAUAUGUCCAUAAUGAGUCCACACGAACUUCAACCAUACCCUAAAAUUACGACAAUUCAAAACCGACAAAAAAAUGCUCAGAAAUCAGAACUUUUAACAAGCACUCCGUAUAAAACCAUGUUGGAAGAAAAAGAAAACAUUAACCACGAUGAAACUUUAAAGAAUAAUAAACUCUCGAGUAAAGUUAAAACAACAAAAAGGCAAAUAGCGGAAGAUGUUAUGCAGCAAAAGUUUGAAGAAUGCUUUUCACUAACCGAAUGUGGUGCAAUCGACGAAUCCAUGAUUAAGUUUAAAGGACGAAGUUCCCUUAAACAGUACCUCCCCAAAAAACCUAUAAAGAGAGGUUUCAAGGUUUGGUGUUUGGCGGAUGGUUCAGGAUAUUUGAAAGGUCUGCCAAAAAAAGACAACAUCAGUUUAACCAAUGAAUCAAUUCAAAAUUACAUAGAUACUGAAUAUAAUAUUAUGAAGUCAGAAAUAAUUAGGCAAAUCACUGGUGCCAUGAUUUGUCUAAAAGUAGAUGCGGUCACACGAUUGGAUCGAUCCUUUCUUGGUAUAAAUAUUCAGUACAUGUAUCAAGAUUCUAUAGUUUUACAAACUCUGGCAGUUAAAGAGUUAACAGAACGCCACACAGGUGACUACAUAAGUAAUAUAAUAUUGGAAUUAUGUAAUUCCUUCGAAAUAAAACCAAGUCAGAUUUAUACCAUUACAACGGAUAAUGGUUCUAAUAUGAUUAAGGCCAUUAAAUCGUUGGCAACAAGUAACGGAGACUUGGAAAUUGUUGAAAUGGAUGAAGAUGAAGCUCAAGAUUUGGAAAUAGACGAUGAAGCACAAGAAUCCUUACUAAAUUCAUUUCCUGAUGAUGAUAUACUCAAUUUAACUAAUCUUUUGCAACCACAAGAAGGUGAUCCGUUUCCAUCCCAUUUAAACUACCAUGUAUUUAUUACGGGUAUGCGUUGUGCGGCUCAUACCCUUCAACUUGCAGUAGAAGGAGCAUUAAGUAAAGAUAAAUCUGUAGCUGCCUUAAUUCUAAAAGCAAGGCACAUAAUUAAAAAACUUAGAACUCAAACAUAUUUGUAUAUGAUUAAAAAACAGAAUUUAAAAAAACCUGUAAUUGACUGUGUAACAAGAUGGGGGUCAACUAUGAAGAUGUUGGAAAGUUUGCUAGAUUUAAAAGAAUUUUGCUUGGAAAUGUCAAUUACAUCAAGUGAUAAAUUUGAAAAUUUUUCCGAAUUAGAGUGGACAAAAGUUAAUCAUAUUUGCCAAGCAUUGCUACCUGCCUAUAUAUGUACAAAAAAGCUCCAACGUGAGCAACUCACACUAAGCGACUUUUAUGGUUAUUGGCUUGAAUGUAAAAUGGAAACCAAUAAAAUUAACUCAACUUUUUCAAAUAUAAUAGUGUCUAAUAUGAAUGUUCGUGAAAAAGAUCUGCUUGGAAAUAACGUAAUUUUAGCUGCUAUUUUCCUUGACCCUAGAUAUAAAAUUAUGUUAGAUAAGGAGCAAUGCAAAAAAGCAAAGAGUCACUUGAAGGAAGUAUGGUAUCAUUUGCUUAUGUAUAAGGAAGCUAUUGUUCCUUCAAUAGCUGCAGAAAGUUCAACUGACACUGACACGUCGGCGGUUGAUGAUUUCGAGGAACUAUUAAAGGAAAAGGAAAGGCAAGUUGCUGUACGAAAGUCACUGCAUCCUACGAGUAUUAAAUCAGGCGGAUCCAAAUCAGUACAAGAGGAACAACAAAAACCAAUUGAUUGUCUUCUAAACAAUUACGAAUGCGAGCAACCUAGAAUAAACAGGAAGAGUGAUGUGUUGAAAUUUUGGAGUAUGAAUAAACACUCGCAUCCUGAAUUGUACAUUUUGGCACAUAUUGCUUAA